AUGCGCCACUUCGACGCCUGGGUCAUUCGCGACCCCUACAGCAUCUGGCACUACUACCCAACCCAAACCUCCUCCAACUGGACAAACACAGUCCGCGACCUAAUAAUCUCUCGACAAAUCUGCUCCCCAACUUCCUCAUCCUCUCCGUCCCCCCCAAUCAACCCCUACACACCACAUACAAACCCCCAAUCCCAAUCACCCCUCUCUCGCCUCCCUCCCGAAAUCCGCUCCAUGAUCUGGUCCUACGUCUUCCCCCCCUCCACCCUCCACAUCGUAACCAUCAAAAACAAACUCCGCCACCUCCGCUGCACAUCCCCCUCCAAUCCUCAAACCGAAUUAACGCACCACCGCCACUGCUGCCCAACGACCCCGGCCCGCUGGCGCGUCUAUGAUGGUCGUGUCCCUGGACACUCGGAUCGACUCCUCUACCCACAUACCCAUGAACAACUGCCCGAUCUGGUGAGUGAUGGGAACGUCUCGCUCUUGAGAACGUGUCGGGCGAUCUACGCCGAGACGGCAGAUCUGGUGUAUCGGAAUUCGACGAUUGAUGUGGAUGAUUUGUAUACUUUCAUCGCCUUCUCCGAGGCAAUUUCGUUGCGUGCGCGGAACGCGAUUCGCAGGUUGACCGUUCAGUGGAUGCCUGUUUGGGAACCUCUGGCGGGGUUGGAUCAUAAGGGGUCCAUCUAUGCGCAUACGCAUAGUGAUGCGUUGUGGACCUCUUUCUGGGCCCGUGUGGCCCAGCUGGAAGGGUUGAGGGAGUUGAACUUGAGUGUGGAUUUGGGACGGUUUACGGGGACGGUGACGGGCGGUGGAGCCGUGGUUGUAGCCGGGCAGAAGUUGCCGCUUGUUUUAAAGGAGAGGUGGUUGGUGCCUUUGUUGGAUGUGAGGGGGUUGACUGCCUUUGAGUUGGCGGUUACCGCGAGGUGUGAUGAGGCUGCCAAGGGCGUUAUCGAAAGUGGGUUGGUGAGGGAUGCGGCGGUGUUGAGGGAUCAGUUGAGGGCGGUGAUGUGUUCGGGCGUGGGGGUUACGUUGGCGGAUGUCGAGGGGUUGGAGGUCGAUUUUGAGCUGGAGUUGGGGAUGAAGGAGGCGUCGAAGGAGAGAAAUGGGCCGUGGAUGAUUGAGGCCUGA